CCCACCACCUCAAUACCCAGCAGCCCUACUGGGUCCACCCAACCUACAAGCACACAAACUACUAGUAUGCAGCCUCCCACAACCUCAAUGGCGACAGUAAUACAGAGUACCAGUGAAUCAACUUCAAUUGUUGUGUCCUCUCUUACCACAAGAUCACAUAAUAUCUCCAGUUCGUCUUCUCCUAGCACUACUUGGAAAACAAGUCUAAGCACAUCUUUGGUUCCCAGUGUGCCAACAAGUGCAACCUCUACUUUCUCCAGCAUUCCAGUAACCACACCCACCAGGACCACUUGGACUACUGAGCCACCUACUGUCACUCUUACUUCUACUACUUUUUCUUCCACAAGUACUCCUUAUACUAGCGUUACUGUUCCUAAUAUUACAACCAGUGCUCCAGUCCCAACAAGCCCAGGCAUAUGUAGUACUAUUGAAUAUGAAGAACAAGUGUUUUAUAAGGGUUGUGUUUCAAAUGUUACUUUAACCCGCUGUGAAGGCGCGUGUCCAUCAUCAACAAGGCAGAAGAAUGCAAGGAUAGAAAAACUAUGCAAGUGUUGCACGCCAACAACUUCCUACAAGAAGGAAAUAGAGAUGCCAUGCCCCAAUCCAGAUAACCCGAAUGAACGACUUUCUAUAUAUAUCCUUAUAUUUGGUGAAUGUGUAUGCAAUGUAGAGGAAUGUGUGCACUAGCCAAAUUCACCAGUAUCAACCUUGAAGCAAUAUUUAAAAUAAACCAUCAGUUGCUAUUUACAUUGUACCUAAAGUCUCAAGUUGAGUCCCUUUGUUUACAUUAAUUUGUCCAAACACUGAAAAGGAAGCUACUCUUUUAAGAGCAGUGCUGAUAACAAAUUAUGUUAAUUUAUUCAUUAUUUGGGAGAUAGGAAAAUGAAAUGAAUUUUUGCCUUAUUUAUAAGGCUUUCAUCAAAUUAAUGUCUACCUGUGUAGAAUAAUUGACUGUUUUAAUAAAGAUAUUAGCUGUUUUUUUAGUUCCAAUGGUGAAUAACUAAAAGAUAUUAUAUCUUCCUAAUCCUAUAAUCUAAUGAAAAAUUCAUUCUUCAAAUGCCCAUUUUUGUGUUGUCAAAAUGGAACCUUUCGUGAUGCAGAGCAUCAUAUCGACAGAGAAGACUUACAGAAGUAAUGAACCUUUGUAAUUGAAGAAACACCUUCCUUCUCUUCUUUCAAGGUUAAUCAAGAUCUGUAUUAUGUUAUAUCAAGAUAAUUUGUAAAAUAAAAAAAUAUGCAUCUUUG